GAGGUCGCCUUACUUUAAGGAAGUUAAUGUUAAUCGGGUACACUUUUCAGAGCUCAAAGCACACACCCGCUCAGCUGUUCUGAUUGGUUCCUCAAUUCCCUUCCAGUGGAAACCAGCCUGACAUUGCGUUCAGCAGCUUGUGUUACAACAAUGCCUGCAGAUACUCUCAGAGCUAAAGUGUGUUAGUAAUCACAAAAAGGCAACUUUAAAAAUAAUUAUUGUGAAAAAUUGCUGCAAGAAAGAAAGAUAGCAUACCAUAUAUUUGUUGAAGUUUGCAUGGAAGAUACCAGAAAGCCUAACUGGAAGUGCAUUGUUCCCUUCACGCUUCCGAUGAUUCAUUCUGGCAUCUUCAACUUCUGAGACCAGUUCUGUAAUCUGAAGGCAGUGAACAUUUACUCGUCGUAAUUGUGUGUGGCAGGAGACCAUGUUGUAUACUAACAAAUGGCUUUUUUAAAUUUUAAAGUCACGUUAUGGCAGUAAUGAGAGUGGAACAAAGAACAUUCAUUGGGCUCUAAGUGUGAAGAUGACAGAGAACACCCAGUUAAAUGCAGAAACCCCGAAGGCUGCUCACUGCCACUUCAUCAUUUCUAAAGAACAUACAGAAAUCUGAAUUGACAAAAACUUCAGAGAUCUCUAGUUGCAGACAAAUAACGGCAAUGAACAAUGAAGUGCUGAGACGGCAAAAUGAGCCUUACUAUAAGCAGUAAUACUUGGUGGAAGAAUACCUUUGUAUGGUUUGUUCAUUCCAGUUACAAAGAGCAUUAAAGGAAGGCAUGAACAACUCUAACGAGACUUCCGAUUAUUUUUUUGGUGCAGUGAAGACUUCAGUUUAUCUAAUUGAUUUCAUCGUCACUGCGGUAUGCAGUCAUGUAAUAAUUAGCACGGUGCAGCAAGAGUUGGAAUUGAAACGAGAGACAAGAUACUUUCUCCUGUGCCAGCAUCUCAUCUACUCUUCCAUAUACUUCGCCUUGGGCACAUUGACGAACGGCUUUCGACUCUUCAAAGUCAGCUCACCCCGAGUGCUUUGCUGGAUCCUGCUCUCUGUACAAAUAACGUUCGCACAAUGCAUCAUGCUGACUUUAACCCUCAUGUCCUUCAAUGCGUGUCUAGCUAUCUGCUGGCCACUGCGAUAUCUUUCACUUGUUGGUUCCGCAAAAAAGAAAAUAACCCCAGUAAUAUGGAUAUUAGCCGUGCAGAAUUCACUGUGGUCAUUAAUCUAUCAAAGCCUGAAUGCCUCAGUGACAUAUAUAAUUGAAAACGACCCAAGCUGUCCAAAUCCACUGGAUGGAUUUGCUUCAAGGCAAAUUGGAAUUGCAUUUAUUCUACUGUGUUUUCUUGUGAUUUUAAUAAGCUAUUGUUUAAUAUACCGAGAAGGAAGACGGGCUGGGCAUUUUGUGUCCUCCAAUGUGCAAGCAAGGAAUACCAUUCUCAUCCACGGCAUGCAAUUAAGUUUCUUCAUUCUCCCAGUUUUGCUCACAGUAGGAAUAAGUAAUAAGCCUAACUUAAUAAUACUAAAACUAGUCAACACUGUCGUUUUUUCCAUAGCCCAGUGUCUCAGUCCGGUGAUAUAUGGCCUCAGGUGUAAAGAGCUUAGAAAUAAAUUAGCGGAUACCAAAUUCUGUUGCUGUGUUUUAAAACAUGGGAAGAAUAAUGCCCGUGUAAUUGGACUGAGUGAAAUCCAUGCCAUCGCUGAUGCCAGAAGCAGCCAAAUCUCAUGAUCACUGGUUAUUCCCAACAUGUUAAAAGAGGAGGUUAACGGGUCAGCACAACAUCGUGGGCUGAAGGGCCUGUACUGUGCUGUAAUGCUCUAUGUUCCCUGUCGCUUUGCUGCAUUUCAUAGAAUCAUACAAUGAGAAGUUAUUCAGCCCACUGGAGGAAACUAUCGAAUUCACUUCAAUGUCCUGAUUGCUACCUGAUAUAGAGCAGUACAACGCAGAAACAAGCCAUCAGCCCAUGAUGUUGUGCUGAACUAAUUAAACUAGUAAUUAAACACAUAACUCAACCAAUCCUUUCUGCCAACUCAAUAUACAUAUCCCUCUCUCCUAUGCUCACUCAUGUCUCCUCCUACGAAGCUCUUAAAUGACUCUGUUAUAUCCACCUUCACCACCGCCCCAGGCACGCACCCCUCUCCGUGGAAAAACACUCCCCCACCCCCACAUGUCCUUUGAAUGAAUCCCCUCUCACCCUAAAUGCAUGUCCUCAAGUAUUAGGCAUUUGGAUCCUGCAAUGCAACAUUAGACCACAAGACAUAGAAGAAUUGGGCCAUUCAGCCCAUCGAGUCUGCUCCACCAUUCUGUCAUGGAUGAUCCUGGAUCCCACUCAACCCCAGCAAAUCCAGCAUUAUCCAGCAAAUUCCUACCCUUCCCUUCAAAUAUGUAACAUAUUUUAUUGACUAUCAUUCACACAAGAAAUUCUGCAGAUGCUGGAAAUCCAGAGGAACACAUACAAAAUGCUGGAGAAACUCAGCAAGUCAAGCAGCAUCUAUGGAGAGAAAUGAAGAGUCAAUGUAUCAAAAGUAUUAACAUUAAAACUUAACUUUAUCAUUCCACCAUUCUCUCUGGCAGUAAAUAGCCAUCACUGAAAAUCUCUCCUACUCCUGUCCCUUUAACCUGUAAACUCCCCUACCUCACAACUACAUCCCUCCCCCCUUUGUUAAUAGAGAAUCAUCGGUAACUCUUAAAAACUGUAGAAGAUAAGUUUUGUUUUGAAUUAGAUUUUUCUAUUAUUUUAGCAACUGAAUUCUCCAGUUGACACUGUCACUGUUUCUAGAUGGUGGCAGUUAACAGAGUUGAAUUCCAUACCUUGCUAAUUUUGUAUUAGUCUCUGGCUUGAGCAAGUGGCACUGGAAUUGAAACGCUCACAUUCUGUUUCAUUAAACAGACAUUCAGACUCAAACUGGAUGCUUCCUUAUUGCCAACAUGAAUGAGAUUGAAGAGGAAAAUUAUUCAUUUAUCUUCAUGUAACAUCUCCUCCAGACAGAGUGUCUCCAACUAAUACAUAUUCACUACUCUCUCACGUUCAGGCAGUCUGGAUCCUCACCCCAUCACAGUCACACUCUUUGAUCCCUACAUCCCCUUCCCCUUUUCUGCUACUUAAAUCUUUGUUUUCUCAUUUUGCUCAGAUCUGAAAUUCCAGAAUUUCAAGCAUUUAGUUCCAGAUUCCAAAACCUCUAGUCAUUUGUGUCUCUAACUUGAAAUAUUAAUUUCUUCCCUUUCCACAGGUGCUGCCUGACCUCUGACUGUUUCCAGCAUUUUCUGUUGUUAUUUCAAAUUUCCAGCAUCUGUAGUUUUAUUUUGUUUUUCAAAUUCCAUGGAUCAAAAGAGCUGCAGAUGCUGAAAGUCUGAAAUAAAAUCAGGAACUGCUGAAAGGGGGCAACAGGUCAGGCAGCAUCUAUGGAGAGAGAAAUGGAGUUAACAAUUCAAAUCAAUUUUCUUUUGUCAGACCAAAAGUCUCUGACCUGAUACAUUACCCUGCUUCUCUUUGCCUAAAUGCCAUCUGGCCUGAUGUUGUUUCCAUCUUUGUCUUGUUGUAUAGGGAUCGAUAGACACAAUGCUACAAAUUUAACAGAACAAAAUUACACCUUCCUUGUUGAAUCUAGUAACCAAAUCUGCUGUAAACUAAAAAACGAACACAGAAGGAAGUGAAAGAACCAAGAAUCUUGCCUUGUGGUCAUCUUUAUCCUGAAAACCAGCUCAAACUUGACAAAUAAGGAAUUUCUUUUGAUAAAAACAGUCCAUGAAACUGUUUGAUUUAUGCCGGCCAUACUACAAAUGAUUAAAAAUCCACUGAACAUUUACAAACAGGUAAUCAUACAAGCAGAUAAGGAAGUUAAACUAUGAGAAAAUUAAUCAUUUAGACUCUAAUCCAACAGUCUUUAGCCAUACUAGUUAUCAACCAGAUAUCACUGUCUUUCCAAACUUUGGAUCUUUGAUGAUAAUGAAUUACCAGUGUGGCACAGUCUGGUAAAGGUAUCAGGAUCACCAGGGUGCUCCUAAGAGAUUCCAAACCAGCCGUUGCCUCAAAUGUUCACAUACCCAAAUAUAAUGAUGGCCACCGGAGAAACACGAAGAGGUGUACAGGAGUACAAAGUACUGCCCCCUUUAGUGUAAAAUGUUCAAAAAAUCAUUUAUCACACCUUAUCAAAUUGUCGUCAUUAAUAUUAGGUGAACUGAGCCUUGCAUCUGUUGUUUGUCCCUUGUGGAAUUUGCAGCAAAGAAGGUCAUGAGGGAGCAGUUUAUUUAUACUGGUGUACAUUCUCCAUUCAUCCAUUGGACCUUGUACAUGUCUCAUUAGGGCAGUUGGAGAAAAGAGACUGAGAAGAGUUGGUGAAUGCAUCAACUUUUCCACUGACCAUCUGUAAAGGACGAAAGGUGAUCACUAUUAUAGAAAACACUUGGAUUUAAUUUCCUCCGGUGUUUCUUUGCCAGGGAGAUGACCUGCCAGUAUAGGAGAGUGCAGAACUGAAAAUCUAUAUUGGAACCUUUUCCACAUUAACCAUUAGUCUUUCAUUAUUUUUCCAAUUCCAACUCCACAGUGCACAAACUUUCCAUUAUAGCAGUUUUGUUUUGAGAGACAUAAUCCUCAGGCAUCUUACUGGUAACCCAAGCAGCAACACUUUCCAUGGAUAUCAUCAGAUGAAACAAAUCUCCUGUCUUGGCCCAUCUACCAACCAACACAACUAAUCUGUUGACCUCCCCAGAAUGUUCCCUGAAAGACAGAGGAGUUUUGAGAAGAUUAGUAUUUUGCUCCAAGUUAUUUAACCGACAGAAUUUAAGAAAGGGGUAUUAUCAGGGAGUGACAGACAAUUUUAGAGAAUAAAUGUAGUUCUUAAGCUGCCUGGGGAUUUCAAUGGUUGAGCAGCAUGUUUGGGAGAAAAAGAUGUCUCAGAUUGAAACCCUGCAUCAUGACGGAUUAAUUCCUUCCCCUGCCACCACAGAUGCGGCUCGACCUCCAACUGGUUAUUUGUUGCUCUAUAUUCCAGUAUCUGUAGUCUUUUGUGUCUCCAAAUGUACCUCUUCUUUUACCCACACUAAUUCUCACAGAAUAUUAUUGGCUUCCUAUAAACUGGAUCAUACAUUGAAAUAAAUUCCCAGUGCAGCUUGGAAACAGCAGAUGAUGUGAAGGGUUAUUAGUUAUUAGUCUAUGUCUCUGGAUUACUACAUCUUGUAAACAGAACCAAACAUCAUUAUUUCAGUUUCCUUAUGACAGUUCUCUCGCUCUCUAACCCACUGUUGGCCUGCAUUGUUCUGGUCUGUAGCCUCAGGGAAUGGACUCAUGAUUAGUAUUCCUGGAAUGCCAGUAGCUAGGCCAGUCAACUUCUGGCAAUACAUACAAAAUGCUGGAGGAACUCAGCAGGUCGGGCAGCUUCCAUGGAGAGGAAUAAACAGCCUACAUUUCAGACUGAGAUUUCUCCACAAAAGGUGUUGAGGAGAUGCAGCCUGGUGUGGCAACAAACACUACAGGCACAGUGUACCCAAAAUCACAUGCUAUAAGAUCACAAGACCAUGCCUCCCCCUUCCUAUCAGAUUCUAUGCAAGGCUCACAAGAGAAGAAAUGUGUAUGUAUUUUACAGAUUAUGUUAGAACUAUAUUUAAUUUUGAUUCAUAGAUUUCUUUGGUUUUGCUGGAUAUCUGAUCUGCUUUCACAUUUAUUUUUAAAAUCAAACUCUGCACCCUGUGGAGAAUAUAGAAUUUUUAUUUGAAUUUAUCACUGGUUGAUUAACUAAACUGAAUUUCAGACAGAUUAAUCUACCUAAUAUAUUGAGUUGUACAGGUGAAUAAGUUGUAUUGAAUGUUGUACUUAACAAUCUAUGAAGGAGCGAUUGUUUGAAGGAAAUACACAAUUAUCAAAGGACAGUGUUUGCAUCUUCCUAUGGAGCUCGUGUACUUUUAUUACCUGGCAGCAACUAAGUAAAUUGAGAAUUCAAAAAAGUCCUCAGAGGGGGAAACAAAAGAAGAAUUGUACUGUGUUGAGCCAAUAAAUUGAGUUUACAGGGGCCUCAGAUGACAGCUCUGCCUAUUUAAUCUGAUCCUCUCAGGUGACUCUAUUUCACUCUCCGGAGUCCAUUGGCUUACAAAUUGUUAUUCUUCCCCUCCUUUUGGGAGAUAAUUGAAAGAUAGUUCGAGGAGAGUGUCCUGAGACAAAUUUUGUUGGGGUAAACUUGGUGCGAGCCGUCCAAUUGACGUUGAUAUGUUUAGAAUUGUACCAGUUGAUAAAUUGUUAUCAGAAAUAUUCUAAUACAUAAGCUUUCACUUUCUAAACAAGGGAAUUCAGGUGCCCAGAGGAAGGCCAGGCCCUAUUUAUUUAUUUGUUUGUUUAUUUUAAUUUAUUGAGAUACAGUGCGGAACCCGCCCUUCAAACCAUGCUACCCAGCAACCACCGAUUGAACCCCAGCCUCAACAUGGGACAGUUUUCAAUGAUCAAUUAACCAACUAGCCAGUACUCGUUUGGACUGUGGGAGGAAAGCAGAGCACCCAGAGGAAACCCACACGGUCACAGGGAGAACAUACAAACUCCUUGUGGGCAGUAGCGGGAGUUGUACAGCUCCUCGGGCAAAAUAUGGGUACACAGAGGUAGGGAAUGCAGGGAGCCAUGAGCUGUCAAAGUUCAAAGUUCAAAGUCAAUGUAUUAUCAAAGUACAAAUAUGUCACCAUGUGCUACCUUGAGAUUUAUUUACUGACAGGGUUUCACAGUAGAAAUACAAUAGAAUUGAUGAAAAACUACACAUAGGCAAAGACUGACAAUCAAUGUGCAAAAGAAAACAAACUGUGCAAAUAAAAAUAUAAAUAAGUAAACAAAUAAUAC